AUGGCUGAUGAGCGUCUCCUCCGCUUGGGUUCGCUCCUCUGCAACGCCAUCGCGACACCUCUCCUUGUCACCUCCACGAUCGUCAGGAUCAAACACUCUAAUAACUACUCAUGGGACAGACCCUUUGAUAACUACUCACGGAGUAGACAUCUCACUGCUUUCGCCUUCGGAUUUAUCCCUGUUGCGCUUACCGCUAUUGCUGCGACGGCGAGUCUUCUGCAUCACAAGAAGCAUCGAAACACUUUUGUCUCCACUCCCGCACGUCCCCGGAUGGCUCUUCUUGACCUUCUGGCCGGGUUCGCGUAUCUUGGUGUGCUGAUUCCGAUUUGGGUUGUUGAUAUCGGGACUAUGAGACGGCCGGGAUUCGGCUUGUUGGCAGGAUACACUACUGCGCCCAUGAUUGUCAAUAUGUUCAUUCACUUUGGCAUCGUCUUGUACAACGCUCCGGCGCUGUUCGCAUCAUUUAAAGAUGACACAUGUCGACAAUGCCCCAAUUGUCGCAACAAGUUCACCAUAAGCGGUGCAGAAGUCAGACAGACUACCAAGGGAGGAGCAGGCUACAACUUGUUGCGUGGAGAGGUUUACCUGGAUGCAGAUGAGGAUGCUGCUGUCUAUCAUGAUAGCAUAGCCUCAGAGGACUUGCGCCCUGACAUGUCUGAGGGUGUUAAGGGCAAGGCCGUGGAAGUCUGA